ACAGCCCAUAGUAUUAGUUCUGUUCUGUUCUGCUCUGCGGCCCCAAAAGACAAACACACUGCAGCCCUCCAGAUGUUGUAAAACGGGGAAUGGGACGUUCCCAUUGGAUUAGCGUAGUCACCUCAGAAUCUGAUUGGAGGAUCUACUUGUCAGUCUCAGGACCUUCUGUUGAUGUCAAUUGCAUGGCUGGAUGGAUGGAUAAAUACAUGGAUAAAAUGUAGUUGAAUGCUGUGUAACCUACCUACUGUGCUGUACUGUAUACGUGUAUUGUUAACCAGUCUGAUAUAUAGCAUGUGACUUCACUACAGGUGAAUACCUGGAGAAGAUGUGGUCAGGACGGGAUAAACCUGAUAUUAAAGUGGAGAGGGACAGCAUGUCAGACGUAUGUGGCCUGGGACAGCGCCCCCCCUCUCACCUGACCCCACCAACCCAGCUUGGAGGCUUACCCCUCAAGGUUGGACUAGGGGACCCCCAAACCCCCAGCCAGCAACAGGCCCUCCCCCACCUGUCUCAGCAGCACUCACCUCAUGCCCAGCACCAUCACAGCCCACCGCCCAGAGGCCAGGCGCCCCCUCCCGGUCCUCCGGCCUCCCUCCAACCCUUACUGGGCCCGGGCGGUCUCCUCUCCCCUCAGCUCAGCCCUCAGAUGGUCAGGCAACAACUGGCCAUGGCCCACCUCAUCAACCAGCAGCUAGCUGUUAGCCGCCUGCUAGCCCACCAGCACGGUCCGCAGGCCCUCCACCAGCAGCAGCACCAACAGUUCCUCAACCACCCACCCAUCCCACGCUCCUGCAAAGCCCCAGGAGGCCUCACCGAUCCUGGGAUGAAUCCGUCGGCCGUGGAGGUCUGUCCGGACAUCUACCAUCAGGUCAGAGAGGAGCUGAAGAGGGCCAGCGUCUCUCAGGCUGUGUUCGCCAGGGUGGCCUUCAACCGCACACAG